AUGAAGCAACUGGACAUACGGGAUGUGGGCAGCAAGAAUGCAGGGACCCUCAAUACCUACAGUCAACUUGGGCCCUGGUGGGCUCUGCUGGUUUUUGUGUUCGAUGCGGGUAAGGGGGCAUUGGCAGUCCUGCUCCCCUCGUGGAUAGGUGUAGCCGACUGGGCAGUGUAUGUGACGGGAGUCCUGGUUAUCGUUGGGCACAACUGGACCGUACUGAUGAAGUUUCGUGGGGGCAAAGGAGCUGCCUCCCUCAUGGGCAUAUGCCUGGCUACGGUGCCAGUUGCCGGCAUGCUUGCCGUGAUACCUGGAGUUAUCUUGCUUUAUUUCUCAAAGAACGCAAUUGCCGGGCUGGUGCUGGGAUUUGCCACUCUGAAUAUUCUGGUAUUGGCAGCUUGGAUUCUUGGAGUCGACUGGCUGGUUGCAAGCCCAGGGUGGGAACAGUUUGUGCUGUGCCUACCCUUGACCCUGUUCGUCGCCGCAGUGUACGGCAUCACAAUCAGGGACCAACUCUUGCGGGCCAUUCGACAGCGCAGCCUAAGACACGCAUUCUACGGUCCCUGA